AUGGAAAGAUUUAUUUACCUCUCAGCUUUCAUUUUAUUGAGUAUUUCAAGUGUGAAAGCUGGAUGCUCAGAAUGCAAGAAAAGUGAUCCACCGGGUGUGGAAGGGUUCAACAAAGAUAAAACAGGCAAGAAGCUGAUCGUCGAGCUGCACGAGGAGUGCUUCUAUGCGGUGGAAAGGCCCGAGCACAAGGCGUCGCUGAAGCGUCGAAACCCGGUAGGCGUGUUCGAAGCGUUACGCGAGAAAUUCCCGCGGUUCGCCGAUCGCUACAUGAUGGAGGCUGGUCUGUUCAUUCGCGAUCUGGCAAAAGCCGUGGAAUUGCGCGGAGAGGCAAAAUCGCUUUGGAAGCGAACGGUCACUUGGCAUGCCGACGAGAAGCUAGUAUGCAAGAUGGCUUUC